GGCAACGGGGCCCGCCCCACCCCUCCUCCCGCAGCGCAGCGCCGCGCCGCGCCGCGCCGCGCAGCGCUGCUUGGGCUGGACCGGGCCGGGCCGGGCGCGUAUCGGGGCCGGGAGCGGGCGAGGGCUGCGCCGGGAGCAGUCGCCUCCGCCGCGCCGUCCCUCAUGGAGGGCGUGCGGCCUGGCGGGGCGCCCUCCGCUGCCGCCGCCGGCGGGCCGGGCUCGGGGCUGGGCUCGGGCUCGGGCUCCGGUUCCUUCCCGUCGCUCUUCCCGCCGGGGCUGCACGGCAUCUACGGCGAGUGCCGCCGCCUCUACCCCGACCAGCCCAACCCGCUCCAGGUCACCGCCAUCCUCAAGUACUGGCUGGGGGGACCUGAUCCUCUGGACUACGUCAGCAUGUACAGGAACCUGGGAAACCCCACACUGAAUGUUCCUGAGCACUGGCACUAUGUCAGCUUUGGUUUAAGUGACUUAUAUGGAGACAACAGAGUACAUGAGUUUACGGGAACAGAUGGACCAAGUGGUUUCGGAUUUGAAUUGACGUUUCGACUAAAGAGAGAAACCGGGGAGUCGGCACCACCUACCUGGCCAGCAGAGUUAAUGCAAGGCUUAGCCAGAUACGUCUUCCAGUCAGAAAACACCUUUUGUAGCGGUGACCAUGUGUCGUGGCACAGCCCUUUGGACAACAGUGAAUCUAGAAUCCAGCAUAUGUUGUUGACAGAAGACCCGCAGAUGCAGCCAGUGCAAACUCCUUUUGGGGUUGUUACUUUCCUACAGAUUGUUGGGGUUUGCACUGAGGAACUGCAUGCCGCUCAGCAGUGGAAUGGACAAGGGAUCUUGGAACUGCUUCGGACUGUGCCUGUAGCUGGCGGCCCCUGGUUAAUAACAGAUAUGCGAAGAGGAGAGACAAUAUUUGAGAUUGACCCACAUCUGCAACAGGAGAGAGUCGACAAAGGAAUUGAGACAGAUGGCUCAAACCUGAGCGGCGUGAGUGCCAAGUGUGCCUGGGAUGAUCUCAGCCGGCCCCCAGAGGAUGACGAAGACAGCAGGAGCAUUUGCAUUGGAACCCAGCCACGGCGGCUGUCCGGGAAAGAUACGGAGCAAAUCAGGGAGACUUUGCGGAGAGGGCUUGAGAUUAACAGCAAACCUGUUCUACCUCCAAUAAAUGCGCAAAGACAGAAUGGGUUGAACCAUGACCGAGCACCAAGCCGUAAGGACAGUUUAGAAAGUGAGAGCUCAGCAGCUAUCAUUCCUCAUGAGCUAAUCCGCACGAGGCAGUUGGAGAGCAUACACCUGAAAUUCAACCAGGAGUCCGGAGCACUGAUUCCGCUCUGUCUAAGGGGAAGGCUGUUACAUGGACGGCACUUUACAUAUAAAAGCAUUACAGGGGAUACAGCAAUCACGUUUGUAUCAACAGGAGUAGAAGGAGCCUUUGCUACAGAAGAGCACCCCUAUGCAGCACAUGGACCUUGGUUACAAAUCCUAUUGACUGAAGAGUUUGUAGAGAGAAUGCUGGAAGACUUAGAAGACCUGAAUUCUCCGGAGGAAUUUAAACUUCCAAAGGAGUACAGCUGGCCUGAAAAGAAACUGAAAGUCUCCAUCUUGCCAGAUGCCGUGUUCGACAACCCGCUGCAUUAGAGCUGAAUUACACCCUUCUAACGACUGGGAGAGCCAAGUUACUGUCCAUUACCCAGUGACUCACAGGAUAAUUAAUGCAGUAAAAACUCUGCCUGCAAAUGAAAGAGUUUGCUGCACAACCACUGCAAACAGAAGAGGAGCUACUCAGCACCAGCCCAGACCGAACUGAGCCCUUUCCUUUAUCCUUCCCAGGGCUGAGCUCUCUGGGAACAGCCUGCGUAUGUGUGAGUGCGAGUGAGCAAUAUUUAACUAUGAAAAUUAGUAGUAAGAAUCCUUUCUCUCUCCUAGCUACAGAACUUCCCUCUGCCUUAGCCCAGGGUGUAGACGCUCUGCACGCCUGUAUUUACACAUGCAUUCUGCCAGGUGCGAGCCUAUAAUCCAUGGAUUAAAUGUUCUUUACGUGACUCUGGAGUCCUUUUGUUAGCCAAACUUUUACUGACUGCAGAACUGUUCUUCCAUGUGCUAUUUUUUUUUGCUUUUCAGAAACGGAAUGGUAUUUCCCCUGUUUAAAGGAGGCCAAAAGCUCACAUGCUUGAAGCUGAACAGAUUUAAAGAUGAACUUUCUAGUUCAGUCAAGAAAAACAAACCCAGAUCCUCCCUGCCCUCAAAUUAGGCAUGUUUGAAGUGUCGGUCUUGGUGCUAUUAGCUAUGGUAUCGCUGCAAACAGAGGCAACUUUAUUCUCGCGCAUCCUGUCCUUGUGCCUGAACCCCAGGGAAGGUCGCAACCUCUGGUUUUGCACAAGCAGGAGGAAGAAAGCUACCGGGGCGGGGGAGAUCUCCUGUUUACAGUGUGUUUAUCUUUAAAGAGAUACUGUCAAGUAUUUUUUCCUUGCUAUUGUACAGAAUUUGAGAAGCUAGAAAGGACCAUUUGUUCACAGGGACAACCUCAGCAGCUCUGCAGGAUCCAGAGGGCUGCUUAAAAGCCUAUGAAAUGGAGAUCUCCACUGCCCUGGUGUAGCACAGAGGAGACUCAGCCUCACUAAAGCCGACUCUCCUCCCUGUUCCAGCAGGGUUGUGCCCUAGCACAGCUCCCUUUUCCCCUUCAGUCUUGCUGUGUUGGCUCUUUUGGGGCUGGUGUCCCUUUACAGGGGGUUUUGGACUGUAAAGCAUCAAAAUUUGUCUCCUCCUAGAUCCCCGCAGCCUCCUCCUUGGAGCAAAACGUGGUGUGCAGAGGACUGUGUCCCCUGCAGGCUGUGGCUCUGUGCUGAGACGCUGGCCCCUGUGGAUGUGCUGGAGCAAGCUGCCGCAGGCAUUGCCCCCUGCUGCUGUCGCAGUCUUGUUCCUGAUGCGCGUUCCCCAAGCCUUUCCCUGCUCACUGCCUUUUGGUGGCAACUCUUCGCUCCUUGUCGAGGAGGUGCAGCUUCUCUUCCACCCCUUUCUACCUACAAGCUGACUUGGCUGUUUUUUCCUUCCCGGUUUAUGCGCAAUAGCCGUGUGAUCUUAAUACAGAUACAACAAAAGCUUUUAACACUUAACUCCCCUGAUCAAACAGCAAAGUCCAAGAGGCCUCACGGUACCCCAGGGUCGGUUUUCUGUUUGUUUUCUGAUGUAAUUUCUUCCUGGCACAGUCGGCUUUGAUGUUUUUUGCAUAUAUUUGGGGCUGGUUGGUGUUGGUUGAGAAGCAGAGCUAGGAGCCACAAAGCUUUCCUUGGACUUGCUACAGAAUUCCUCUGUGGCCUCGGGCAAGUCGCUCAAUGUCUCUCUGUGCAGAGAGGGUGAUUAUUGACUAGGGGGCUGUAGGACCUACCGAAGCAUGCCAGCAUUUGCAGGGGAGGGUGUGCUUUGUGUACAAAGUAGUAUUUGUAUUAUUAUAAUUGUUGGUAUAUUAUAAUUUAAGGCAGGCCAAAUGCAGGGUCCAACACUGCUAGGCAGAACCUUCCUUUCUGCAAAGCUACGGAAGCAAUUUACAUGUAAAUGAGUUUGUCAUUUUGUCUGAACUCAGAGGAUCAUCUUAAAAUCCUGCUGCGAAAGAGCAAACUUUCAGAUAUCUGCAAUGUGCCAGCCAGAGUGAUUUCUGUGCUGUGGCAGACUGUGUUCAUCCAUCGGAUCUCUUGGCUAGUUUCCACUGUCCUGGUUAGCACUAAGCAUGUACCGUCUCUUCUGCGCUGUAGAUGCAUAUCCAAGGGCCAGUAUGGGCUAGAAAACGGCAGGAAAAUUUACCAGUCCAGCUUCAAAAACGACGUGCCCGAGUGCCCCAUCGCAAGAUAAUGAACACACGGCCAUUUGUGUCAGUCAGGAAAAGGGCAACGACUAGGAUUUUUACCCAAAGCCAUCUGCAAACAGUAGCCCGUGGACUGCUCUCACACGAGCUUGCUGAGGGUGCCUGCAACAGAGCUGGCCCGGUGCCACGACGCUGGCUGCUCUUCCUUGUUUCCAGAUGCUAGCUCUCAUUAAAAGAAGCUCAAAAUCCACAUCUUGGUGGAGAAGGGACAUUUGGAAGGUCAAUUGUUGCUGUUCCUGCAGAGAUCAGCACAGGGCAGAGAAGUCUAUCAGAGCCUCUCUGAGCCCUGACACACAUCUGGAAAGCUUAGGACCUCCUGCCCUGCGAACCUCAGACUCUCUGAGCCUUCGCAGUAGGGAGGCAGUGCUCUGCGCAGGGAAAGCACCUCCUCCGCGCUGGCUUGUGCUUCAGUUCUGCUGUUCUUGUGCGUGUGUUUUCCUCACCAUAUUUACUCUCAUCAGCCGCGCUAGGUUGGGUUUUCAUUGACUUCGGCGGGAGCACACUGAACGCAUUCGAAAACCCACACAGGAUCCUUGUGUGUGUGUGUAUUUUUGUUCCAUGUCAUGCAUUUAUAUAUAGUUCUGUGUAUUUGAGUUACGAACAGGUGGCAUGACAGAAAUCUCUGUUUCUGAGACACUUUCUCACAGAUCGUUGCUGGUAGCCAGAUAACAAUUGGUUUGAGGAGAAGGAAAGGAAAUCUUCCUAUUUAGUUGUGGGGGGAAAUUCUAGACAAAAAACUGCUAAAAUAGAAAACGCUGUCUUAUUGUUAGAGCAGCUAUAAGAGAUAAAGUGGUGAAAGUCAACCCUUAAGCUCCAAGGUUGUGUUGCUGCCUCUCAACGGUUAUCUAGGAAUAAGAAAGUUGCAUGUUACUCAGCGCUGUAAAGAUCUCUGCACCGACAGGGCCUCCCCUCCCCGAUUCGCUUUGAGUUUGCAUUCGUGCCAAAGGCUUACUUAUUGGCAAGCGAGUGAGAUCUUCAGUUUGGAUAUUUUCCUCCUGGGGCAAGGGGGCAUGCCCGGGUGUGAAGGCAAUAGAAAAGAAACCUAUAUAUUUUAGUGGGCAAAUAAGUUUGAAAAAGGGAAACGCAUCAGUGCUUGCAAAUCCCACAGUAGCUUUCUAGCCCAAACCUGCUGCGAUGGUAGCUCCACAGGUGCUGAUUUUUUCUAGAUUGUGUAGAAGGUCUGAAGCAGGAUUAUAUGAAACCAAAACCCGUUGGCUAAAGAUAGUGAUCUGGAUAUAAAUGACAGUUUCAAAGAAGUGGGUACAGGUUUUCUCCCUCCCGCAGAAGUCUCAUGAUGCAGAUAGAUAGGGAUGUUUCCAAAGAUGAAGAGCAUUUACAGCAGACCUUGCCUUGAAAAUCCAACAUGGGACUGCAACUCUGAAACAGGAGAAAUCCCCAAAACCAGGACUGCUUUCCCUCUCAACACCUGGUUAAAAAAAGGGGAGAAAGAGUUUACAGUUUCAGUAUUAAAGCAUGCAGCAUAUGAUCUGAGCAGAGCAGUCAGUGUCACAGCCAGUGUGACCUACAGUGAUAUUUUCAGUGGCUUAGAUAGGUGGUGUCUGCUGCAUAUGGUGUCUUUGAGGAUGGUGGUGUAUUGGUUUUUCUGUACACGGAUUUGCCAGCAGUGAUUUGAGAUGCUGUUGUGAAGCCCUUCACUUCAAAUACCCUGUUGCUCUCGCAUGGCUUUUCAGCUGAUGCCGUCGGGGCGUCAGAUGCUCUUUGAAGUAGUGGGGUGGUUGUUUUUCGGUUGAGACCAGUAGAAAUGUUUAGGGGGUGUAGCUUUAAAGAAGGAGAGAAAAAACAGUUGAAAGCAAGGCUGAGUUUGGAAGGGGUCUUUGGUGGGUCUGAUUUCCCCAUUGCACGAUCUUGCACCCAGCAGCUCCGCUGCCAGCGGCAAGAGCCUUUCCCCGCCGCCACGUCCCGGCGGCUCGUUCCUGUGCUGAAUCGCCCUCCGUUUAGUAUAUAUUGUGCCUUAUUUCUCCUCUGAGGGAAGCUAUGAGGGCACAGGAAUCGCCGAGCAACUGAGAGACCCUUCCCGUGCGUCUGCCCCCUCAAUAAAAGCGAGCGCGCGCAGGGGCCACGCUGCAUCGGAAACGAUCUCUGGAUACACGUUCACCAGCGAGGGCUGCAUCCCGAGGUUUUGAAAAGCUCAGUUUAGGUCUCUGGGACCGUGGCAGUUUUUAACUAAGCUCUGUAGCAACUUACUAUUUUUGUAACAUUUUUCUGUUGUCCGCUGCCUGCCUGUUUGCUUUUGAAAAGAAAAAAACUCUUCUAUUCAAUACAUUUCCAAAAUUUUAAAUGGCAAAGAGGGCUGCAGACGUGUUUUGAGCUGAGCCUGGCGUUGAGCUGCCUCUCUCGGGCGGCGAACCCGUGGCAUCACCUGCUCCACCGCCGCUCUGUCUCCACCCCCGUGAUGCUUGCCCGAACACUGCUCCCAGGCCAUGAAACCGCCGCACGCGGCGCGUUAGCUCGGAAACACCGCGUUCAAGUGUGCCACGAAGGCAGCUGGCCCCUCUCCCCGGCACGGAGCUGCCGCACGUGGCCCACGGCACCGGCGAGCUCUUCAGUGCGUUGGUGUUUCCAAACUGCUCUAGCGCUGCGUCUCCCCUCUUUGAGAAGAGGAAGGGGGGGAUAAAAAAAGCCCUUGAAAAGCUGGAGGAAAAUUUCCUGCCAAUUGUUGUGUUUUGCAAACGCUGCUCUUUUCUCUUGUGCCGAAGACCAAAAUGGCCCCUUUGUUCCCGCACCGGGGGCGAGGGCAGCUCCGGAAACCCACAGGCAGCGAGGCUGGGAGGCACCAGCACAGUGGGUCCCGCGUAAACGCGGGGCUGGGCAGCAGCCUGAGGGCUUGGCGGGGGCGAAAGCUGAUGGGGGCAGAGCAGGGCCCCGUCCCCGCUGCCCCCGCCAGAGGUGGCACCAAGGGACGCUCAGCCACGGCCAUGCCCCAAGGCCGCCUGCUUCUGCAGCCGGCACAUCGGUACCUUGUAGGUGGCUUCCCACCCCAAACCUUUUUUUUUUUUUUUAAUAAAAGACAAAAACGGAAAGCUAAACUAGCAGAGGUUUUUAAAUAUUUUAUAUUAGUUUCUAAUGUAAAUUCCAACAUUGUUAUUGCGGUGCUGGGCGCCUUUCGCCCGCGCGUGACUUUUGUAAUAUUUUUGUGACUCGCUGAACGGUUUUUCUCCUCCCGUGUAUCCUAAGUGCAUUAAACGUCUUUGCGUAA